UUCCACCCCUGCAAUGAACCCAGGGAAGUCACAGGGCCGGAUGUGACGCCACUGACUUGCGCAUUGGGGGUCAGAGGGCAGCGAGAUUCUCGCCCUGAGCAAUGGCCUGAUGUCGGCGGAGGGAAGCAAGCCCAGGCUCGGUGAGGAGGCGAGAUCUCAGGGAAUUGAGGACCUUUUCUUCAGAGGGUGACUCAGGUCAACACAGGGGCCCCCAUGUAGUCGACAGACACAGUGGUCCUAAGAUCUACCAAGCGUCCAGGUUCUGAGGAGACAGGCCGACAAGGAGGACUGGAGGCUCCGGAGCAGCACUAGCUCCUGCCCACACUCCCGCCUGCUGCCCUGACUGGAGUCAUCAUGCCUCUUGAACAGAGGAGUCAGCACUGCAAGCCUGAAGAAGGCCUUGAGGCCCAAGGAGAGGCCCUGGGCUUGGAGGGUGGGCAGCCUCCUGCCACUGAGGAGCAGGAGGCUGCCUCCUCCUCCUCUAUUCUAGUGGAAGUCACCCUGGGGGAGGUGCCUGCUGCCGAGUCACCAAGUCCUCCCCACAGUCCUCAGGGAGCCUCCACCCUCCCCACUACCAUCAACUACACUCUCGGGAGCCAAUCCGACGAGGACUCCAGCAACCAAGAAGAGGAGGGGCCGAGCACCUUUCCUGACAUGGAGAUCGGCUUCCAAGUAGCACUCAGUAGGAAGAUGGCUGAGUUGGUUCAUUUCCUGCUCCUCAAGUAUCGAGCCAGGGAGCCGUUCACAAAGGCAGAAAUGCUGGGAAGUGUCAUCAGAAAUUACCAGCGCUUCUUUCCUGUGAUCUUCAACAAAGCCUCCGAGUACGUGCAACUGGUCUUUGGCAUCGAGGUGGUGGAAGUGGUCCCCAUCGGCCACUUGUACAUCCUUGUCACCUGCCUGGGCCUCUCCUAUGAUGGCCUGCUGGGUGACAAUCAGAUCAUGCCCAAGACAGGCCUCCUGAUAAUCGUCCUGGCCAUAAUCGCAAUAGAGGGCGACUGUGCCCGUGAGGAGAAAAUCUGGGAGGAGCUGAGUGUGUUGGAGGCGUCUGACGGGAGGGAGGACAGUGUCUUCGCGCAUCCCAGGAAGCUGCUCACCCAAGAUUUGGUGCAGGAAAACUACCUGGAGUACCGGCAGGUGCCCGGCAGUGAUCCUGCAUGCUACGAGUUCCUGUGGGGUCCAAGGGCCCUCGUUGAAACCAGCUAUGUGAAAGUCCUGCACCAUAUGCUAAAGAUCAGUGGAGGACCUCACAUUUCCUACCCACCCCUGCAUGAAUGGGCUUUGAGAGAGGGGGAAGAGUGAGUCUGAGCACGAGUUGCAGUGGGGGCCAGUGGGAGGGGGUCUGGGCCCGUGCACCUUCCAGGGCCCCAUCCAUUAGCUUCCACUGCCUCGUGUGACAUGAGGCCCAUUCUUCACUCUUUGAAGAGAGUAGUCAGUGUUGUUAGUAGUGGGUUUCUGUUCUAUUGGAUGACUUUGAGAUUGAUCUCUGUUUCCUGUUGGAAUUGUUCAAAUGUUCCUUUUAACGGAUGGUUGAAUGAACUUCAGCAUCCAAGUGUGUGAAUGACAGUAGUCACACACAGUGCUGUUUAUAUAGUUUAGGAGUAAGAGUCUUGUUUUUUAUUCAGAUUGGGAAAUCCAUUCCAUUUUGUGAAUUGUGACAUAAUAACAGCAGUGGAAAAAGUAUGUGCUUAGAAUUGUGAAAGAAUUAGCAGUAGAAUACAUGAGAUAAAGACCUCAAGAAGUUAAAAGAUACUUAGUUCUUGCCUUAUACCUCACUCUAUUCUGUAAAUUUGAAAAAAAAAAAAAAGACAUGGAUACCUGGAUAUGCUUGGCUUCUUUGAGAAUGUAAGAGAAAUUAAAUCUGAAUAAAUAAUUCUUCCUGUUCA